GGCCUGUCACGUCUUCGGACAGAGUCGCCCGCAGAAACCCUAAACCCUCAGAUCCGCGUUCACUAUCGCCCCCCACCAAACCCCAAGCCAUGUCCUCCCCCUCCCCCUCCAAGAACCCCGCCGAAUCCCAAACCGUAGCUCCGGCCACCGAUUCCUCCCCUCCUCCGCCUCCUCCCCCUCCUUCCGAUCAAGGCGGCGAAUCUUCCGGCGAUUCCGAGCGGCCGAACUCCGUCGCCGCCGGUGGAGAUGGAGAGAAGAACGGAGGAGAAGGAGAGGCUGGCGACGUCGGAGAAGGGCACGAGGAUGAGGAGGAGGAGGGGGAGUGUGGGUUCUGCUUGUUUAUGAAGGGAGGUGGGUGCAAGGAGGAGUUCAUCGCGUGGGAGAAGUGCGUGGAGGAGGCCGACCAGACCGGUGAGGACGUCGUCAGCAAAUGCUUCGAGGUAACCUCCCUCCUCAAGAAGUGCAUGGACGCCCACGCCGACUACUACGCCCCCAUCCUGGAUGCCGAGAAGGCCAUGACCGAGGCCGCCACCACGGCCACCACCACACCUGACUCUGAGUAAUAGAAGAGCUCAGGCUAUGGUAGAGCACUCAGUCAUGUUCCUUGGUGGCAGAAGAAUUGAACCCUGCCAUGCCAUAAGACGGAGAAUCAGCAGUUCUAGCAGGGCGCACAGUUCCUUGUACGAGUGUUUGGUGCUUCCCAACGGGCUAAAAAGUCAGGAUAAAGAUUCAAAUGACUAGUUUAGAUUACAAAUAGAUUUUUUGAGCUUGCAUGCUUUAUACUCUUGCCUUUUAAUUACAAAGCAAGUACGUGGAUCUAUGUAAAUCUCUUUAUCUAAAUCUCCAUUGAGGAAAUCCAUCGUACCAUUCAUUUGGUGUAGUUGGAAAUCCAAAUGUGUGACAACAAUCAGAAUUAGAUGGAUUAAGGCAAAUGUCAUUACUCCUGAGAAGAU